CAAUGGCGCGUAAAGUCGAUGUUUGCACCCUCUCCUCUUGUUGUCGCCGUCGUUUCUGAGCGGAGGCCGGCCCAAGUCCAUUUGGACCGUUCCUGCAACGCGGAAUUAAUUUUUUCACUACCUGAAAAAUCAAUCAAAAGUUUCCACAAGCCCGCUCGACAUAAAACAACCUUCAAAGAAAAAACCAAUGAAAAAUUAAUUCAACACUCCGACUGAAUUAACGGUGACAACAGUUAUUCACUAACUGAGUGACUAAUUCCAAGUUUUUUUCGAAACAAUCCACUCGGAAUAAUCAACGAACGAGGAAGUGUUAAAUGCUAUCAAUGGGAUCCGUUCAGAAACGAACGGCGACGAGGACUAUACAAUAAACCACAGAGAAAUAAUCUAAUCAUCAGGGUGACUUGCGGCGACACAACACCGUUCAAGUUCUCACUCCGUCCAGGGACACGAGAGGUUGCAGUACUUCCAGCUAACAGCUCAAUUGUCCCAAUUCAUCGAUACAUAAAGAUAAAAAAUCAAUCCCAUGAUUCAUCGACAUAAAUUAUUGGAGAUAUAUAUAAAGUGAUAAUUGAAGGAGGAAUCAGUCAUUUAGAGGCUACUCGAGUUACCUGUUUCCAAUAACCAUAUAAUUCAAAUGCUUUUUGGGGUGUUUACCACGUACAAAGGGUUAAACAUAAGUGAAUCAUCGUAGAAUGGCUAGAUUAAAUUGAAAUAAGUCGACAAAAAAGACUUAAAACGCCAGCAAAGUGUUCCAAGGUCAGGGAGACCAAGUGAAGUUUGUUACAAAAAUAUCAUAAGGAUAAAAAAAAUCAAGUGUUGUUGAUCAGUGAAGGUGUUAACCAGUGCCUGAAAGAUCAGUUUAUUUCUUCAUCAAUUGCAAUAUGAGAUUAGCCAAUCAUCAGCAUCCGCUGCAUCUGCAAGUGACACGUAUCCAGAAUGGUAAAUUUCUGGUCAGUCAAAAUGGCCAUAAUCAGGAUGUCAUACAGCCGAGUUGUGAUGAAACAACAACAGCAACAACAACGGUAACACCUGUUGUAUUUCCAAGCUGUGAGGCAAUACCAACUGACAAUGCUGGUCCUACUUUACUUGGAGAUAGAUUUUUACUCGUUGGACCGGCUGAGGGCAGUGCACUUUAUAGAUGUGUCGAUGUUCAAACUGGACAACAAUUAGUGGCUAAGGCACUUACAGCGAGUGAUAGAGGUGGUGAGGCACUGUUGAAGGCCCAUUUGAGGCUCGAGGGGACAGGGGCAGCGAGUGGAGUAGCUGGGGUCGUUGAUGCACCAGGGGGAAAGAGAUAUCUUCUCCUUGAAGGACAUCACGGUGAUCUUCAUGCUUAUGUGAGGGCAAGAAGGAGACUCAGGGAGCCUGAGGCAAGACGGCUCUUUCGUCAGGCCGCUAAGGCUGUUGCCAAGUGCCACGAGAAUGGCGUUGUUCUCAGGGAUCUUAAACUGAGGAAAUUUGUAUUUGCUGAUGAGGCAAGGACUCGUUUACGUUUGGAGAGUCUGGAGGACGCAGUGCUAGUCGACGAGGACGAUGACAAAUUGACUGAUCGUCGUGGAUGUCCAGCGUACGUAGCGCCAGAAGUACUACGAUCAGGGAGAGCAUACUCUGGCAAAGCAGCUGACAUUUGGUCCCUCGGUGUUCUUCUGUAUACGAUGCUAGUUGGUAGAUAUCCAUUCAAUGAUGCCGAGCACGCAUCACUCUUUGCCAAAAUAUCGAGGGGACAAUUCGCUGUGCCAGAUGGGCUCAGUGCACGGGCUAAGUGCCUCAUUCGCGCUUUAUUGAGGAGAGAACCCUCCGAGCGUCCUGAGAGCGAAGACAUUCGCCGGCAUCCCUGGAUCGCUAAGCCACUGGUUAAUGCAUCACACAUUGGGGGAAGAUCCAAUAAUCAUGAUCAACAAGUUCCCGAAACGACCAAGCAUUCUCAAGACUGAAUUUCCGUGAAUUAAAAUGUUUUUUUUUUCCUUCGUUUAUUCCGAACUCUGCGCAUGGGAAUAAAAAUCACUGUUUAUGUAUUUAUUUUUCUGUUAAGGGGAGGUAGAUUUGACGAUGGAGGAAAACCUCGGAAUUCGCGAACCACAGCAAUUGAGUUGAGAAAUGAAUGAAUAGACUUUUUAAGUGAUUUUGGGGUGAAUUGGUAUGAGAUUGAUGAAUGCAAUUAUAGAAUUUUAAAUUGUAAAUGUUUGUGGACUAGUUGGUUUAGAGGAAAUGUUGAGAAGUUUCUUAGACGUUUUCUUCUAACCUCUUUCAUUCAGAGAUAUUUCCGAAACAAUUCACUAGCCUGUUUUAGACUCCUCCCACCGUGCCACUUCACCCUAAAUAAUUUUCAAGAUGUGAGAAACUGAGAAAGUGCGAAGAAAAUUUAAAUGCAUAAACUAAGGUCAUUGUGUAUGCGUCUGGGUGUUUCUUUUUUAAAUUUAUUGAGUAGAAUUAACUAGUGCAUUCACGCCCAACUGUCAGCCCCACUAUUUAAGAACCUUCCUAACGUUCCUGGGCGAAUGCCAGGGCGCAUUCCAGAUUGAGUCUGGUAAUGGUAGUUGCAACAACUGAAUAUACUGAAGACGCUUUUUUUCUUUAAAUUAUAGAACGUGUAACUGAGAUUUUCUCAGGCUUUCGAAGCAUGAAGAAUUAUUUUCCUUUUUUUGUGAAUUUAUCUGGCAAUUUGAGAGGUCACUUCCGCGUUGUGGGUUUGAAGGCAGACUUUUAGGAACGGAAUGGAUUUUACUUGGUUUGAGAAGGAGAAUGUGUAUAUUACGAGUUGAUUGAAGUAGCUCUACCCUCGUAAUAAAUUUAAAGAUUAUGACAUAUUGCAAAGAAUCGCCAGAAAAAUUUAUUGGAUUCGAAAUAUUUUUUUUUUCACUUUGAUUAUGGUUUUGAUUUUUUGAAGAAAAAAUGUUUGAAAAUCAGAAUUUAACCCUGCGCCUUAUUCAAAAACCAACAUUUCCGUUAUAAUGAAAGAAUAAAAUAUGAUUUUUGUUCAUUAGAUGUAAAAAAAUAGAAUUUUUUUAACACUUUGUAGACAAUGAUCGACGGUUUUGCAGGGAAGUUCCAUUAUUUAUUUAUGAGAAGGAAGCGUUUGGAAAAAUAUUCAUAUUUUGUAAAAUGUAAUUUGAAUGAUACUAAUUAGGUACGAAUUUUUUCAAUUCAGUUGGAAAAUUCAAAAACUGAAAAUGACCAAAUCUAUAACACAGCCCAUCGAAAGGGUAGAGCUACUGUCAGCCCUAUUGAGUGAUACGGUUAUAGAACAGAUAAACAAGUGAUGUAAAUACGUAGAUAGAUAAUAAAUAAUUACAUGAAAUAUAUGGACGAUUUCUUCGUUA